AUGUCCCAGGUCCAAGGAAAUGGAAUUCGCAUCGCCAUUGAUCGCGGCGGCACGUUCACCGACUGUGUAGGCAAUCCGGGGACGGGUAGGAUGGAAGAUGACGUUGUGAUCAAGCUGCUCUCCGAAGAUCCAUCCAACUACAAGGAUGCACCCCUCGAGGGUAUCAGAAGGCUCCUAUCGAGAUUCUUGGGCCAAGAAAUCCCUCGAGGUGUUCCCCUAGAUACAUCUCAGAUUGAAAGUAUACGAAUGGGAACAACUGUUGCUACCAAUGCCCUCUUAGAGCGAAAGGGUGAACGUAUGGCCCUGGUCGUGACGCAAGGCUUCCGGGAUUGUCUUAGAAUCGGAAAUCAGUCUCGUCCUAAGAUCUUCGACCUUGCCAUUCGUCGACCGGAUGAUCUGUUCGAAGAAGUCGUUGAAAUUGAAGAGAGAGUUACUCUGGAAGACUAUGCUGAAGAUCCAACGAGACACGCGACCCCCACCGUAGCUCGUAGCGAAGAGCCAAAAGACGCAGAGAUAAUUCGAGGCUUGUCCUCUGAGGCCGUACGUAUUCUGCAGCGUCCAUCUGAAGAGAAGAUCAAGCAGCAAUUGCAAACUUUGUAUGAUAAGGGCUUCAGAAGUAUCGCUGUAUGCUUAAUGCAUGGAUAUACAUUCCCAGAUCAUGAAGCUCUUGUUGGAAAAAUCGCCAGUGACAUCGGCUUCACCCACGUUAGCUUAAGUCACCAGCUUAUGCCCAUGAUCAAACUUGUCCCGAGAGCCACCUCAGCAUGUGCUGAUGCUUACCUUACUCCCACCAUCAAACGAUAUAUUUCCGGAUUUCAGUCUGGAUUUAAGGGCGUGCUUGGUGCAGAGGGCGUGAAGGAUCCUUCACAGCCAAAGGGUGCCCGGUGCGAAUUUAUGCAGUCAGACGGUGGUCUUGUCGAUGUCAAUAGCUUUACCGGCCUUCGAGCUAUUCUGUCAGGCCCAGCUGGUGGUGUUGUCGGAUAUGCGUUGACCAGUUAUGACCCAAAAACCAAAAUACCUGUCAUUGGUUUUGACAUGGGAGGAACAAGUACGGAUGUCAGUCGAUAUGGCGGCCGAUAUGAGCACGUCUUCGAAACGACAACUGCUGGCGUUACCAUCCAGUCACCACAGCUUGACAUCAACACUGUUGCUGCUGGAGGUGGUUCUCGCCUGUUCUACCGCAACGGCCUCUUCGUUGUUGGCCCAGAAUCAGCCGGCGCUCAUCCAGGACCCGCCUGUUACAGAAAGGGAGGACCCUUGACUGUUACUGAUGCCAAUCUCUUCUUAGGCAGACUGCUGCCAGAAUUCUUCCCUAAGAUCUUCGGAAAGAAUGAAGAUGAAGGGCUUGAUGAGAAGGCCAGUGCUGCCCUUUUCGAAGAGCUGGCGGCAAAGGUCAACGCAGAAAUGGCGGAGAGUGGAAAGAAGGGCAAUAUGACAGCAGAUGAGGUCGCGUAUGGGUUCAUCAAGGUUGCUAACGAGGCCAUGACCCGACCAAUUCGCUCUCUCACCGAAGCCAAGGGCCACGAUACUUCAAAACAUCGUCUGGCUACCUUCGGUGGUGCUGGUGGACAGCACGCUGUAGCAAUUGCGGAAAAUUUGGGCAUUAAACAGAUUCUGGUCCACCGCUAUUCUUCCGUUUUGUCUGCUUAUGGAAUGGCACUCGCUGAUGUGGUUGAUGAGAGCCAGGUUCCAGAGUCAAUGGCUUGGUCCGAGAGCUCGGAUGUGAAGACCAAUGUUGAAAGGCGAAUGCAGGAACUGAGAAAAGGAGCGGUUUCACGACUUCAAGUCCAAGGCUUCAAGGAGGAUUCCAUUGUUUUCGAAGAAUAUCUGAACAUGAGAUACCGUGGAACUGAGUCUGCUCUCAUGAUCAUCAAGCCGCAAGACGGUUCAACAUUCGGAAAUUCCUUCAUCCAGCAGCACGAGAAAGAGUUCGGUUUCACACUCCCUGACCGUGACAUCAUCAUCGAUGAUAUCCGACUCAGAGCUAUCGGCAAGAGCUAUGAUAACUUCCCCAAGACCGUUGACGAGCAAUUGCGUGACGCGAAGCCAGUUCCUGUUUCCAAGAGCAAGGCCCACGGUACCCAGCAGGUAUACUUUGAAGGUGGUCGUGUUGAAACCCCCAUCUACAAAAUUGGAUCUCUGGAACCAAACGAUCGUAUUGAUGGUCCAGCAAUUCUUGGAGAUGGAACUCAGACUAUCUUGGUCACCCCGACCUCUUCUGCUCUUAUCAUUGAUACCCAUGUGGUUAUUGAUGUUGAUGUUAAUAAGAAGGGGAGCACAAAUGUAUCAGCUGCAGAAGUUGAUCCAAUUCUGUUGAGUAUCUUUGGCCAUCGGUUCAUGGCAAUUGCUGAGCAGAUGGGACGAGCCCUGCAGAAGACUAGUGUCAGUACCAAUGUCAAAGAGAGACUGGAUUACUCCUGUGCUCUAUUCGAUAGCGACGGUGGCCUUGUUGCAAAUGCUCCCCAUCUGCCUGUCCACCUGGGCAGUAUGUCCACUUGCGUUCGCACUCAAGCUGGACUCUGGAAGGGAAAACUGAAGCAAGGAGAUGUCAUUGUUACUAAUCACCCUGAAUUUGGAGGUACCCAUCUCCCAGACAUCACUGUGAUUACCCCUGCCUUCAACGGUGAUGAGAUUAUGUUUUACGUUGCCUCAAGAGCCCAUCAUGCGGAUAUCGGAGGAAUCUUGCCCGGAUCCAUGCCUCCACACUCAAGAGAACUUUACCAAGAGGGAGCUGCUAUUAAAUCAGAGAAACUUGUCUCUGAAGGAAAAUUCAACGAAGAGCGCCUUGUAGAACUGCUCUAUCAUGAGCCUGCUAAAUACCCUGGCUGUAGUGGGACUAGAUGUCUUGCAGACAAUCUCAACGAUCUGAAGGCACAGAUAGCCGCAAACCAGAAGGGUAUCAGCCUUAUCUCUACCCUCAUUGAUGAAUAUGGCAGCGAAACUGUCCAGCUAUACAUGAGAAGUAUCCAGAAGAACGCAGAGCUUAGUGUGCGCAACUUGUUGAAGCAAGUAAGCGAGAGAUUCAAGGGUGCAGACUUGACUGCAGUUGAACAUAUGGAUGAUGGCAGCCCUAUUCAUCUCAAAAUAUCCAUUGAUGCUGAGAAGGGAGAGGCGGUCUUUGAUUUCGAAGGCACCGGCCCAGAGGUCUAUGCCAACACCAAUGCUCCUGAGGCCGUCACAUACUCGGCUAUUAUUUACUGCCUGAGAUGUCUCAUUUCUGAGGAGAUCCCACUCAACCAAGGUUGUCUGAAACCCAUUGACGUGCGAAUCCCUAAGGGAUCAUUCCUUUCACCUUCCAGCAAGGCCGCAGUUGUUGGUGGAAACGUCAUGACGAGUCAACGUGUCACCGACGUUAUCCUGAAGUGUUUCCAGGCAUGUGCUGCCUCCCAGGGCGAUACGAAUAACUUGACAUUCGGCUUUGGUGGCAAUCUAUCCGGUGAAGAGGAAACCAAGGGCUUCGGAUACUAUGAGACCAUCGCUGGUGGUAGCGGAGCUGGCCCCGACUGGGAGGGAACCUCUGGAGUCCACACCCAUAUGACGAACACCCGCAUUACAGACGCAGAGGUGUUCGAGAGAAGAUACCCUGUCCUCCUCCGAGAAUUCAGCCUGCGCGCUGGAUCCGGAGGAGCGGGCCAGAACCGCGGAGGCGAUGGUGUGAUUAGAGAUAUCGAGUUCCGCAUUCCGGUACAGGUAUCUAUCCUUUCGGAGCGUAGGGUUUACCAUCCUUAUGGCAUGAAUGGAGGAGAGGACGCCGCCUGCGGACAGAACAUCUGGGUACGAAAACUGCCCCAGGCCGAAGGAUCCAAGGAGCCCUGUAUCGUCAAAUAUGUAAAUCUCGGGGGUAAAAACACCGCAAAUAUGGAGCCAGGUGAUCGUAUCAUCAUCAGGACUCCUGGAGGAGGUGGAUAUGGGAAGCCCGGAAGCCAGAGCGUCGUUCGAAAGGAAGCUGAUCCUCAACUUGCUUGGAAAGGAGGCUCUUUGGCAUCGCGAAUCGGAACUCAAGAAACCAGCAUGUGA